AUGACAGUACUCUUAAUCGACGAAAAUGGAGUCAAUUUAGGCCAAAAAGAAAAGAGCCAUGCGUUGUCCAUAGCGGAGAGCAAAGGCUUCAAGUUGGUAGAAGUUUCUCCACAGGCUAAGCCAUUUCCAGUUUGUAGAUUAAUAUCCGGCAAACAACUAUAUCUUGAUAAGAACAAGCGAAAGGAAAGGUCAAAAAUAGAAAUCAUGGAAAAAGAAUAUCGUAUUAAACACAACAUUAGUCAGCAUGAUUUACGCUAUAGGAUUAAUCAGAUUGAUAAGUACUUGGAUCGCAAUUACAGGAUUAAAUUGGUCAUUCUAUAUAAAUUCAAUUACGAAAAAGCAGCAGCUUUAAUUCAUAGCAUGCAUGAAGCAUUACUAGAAAGUAAUCCUACACGUAAGAUCCAUAUGAGUAAACCUGAAGCUAAAGGCGAAAAUGUCAUUUAUUGUUAUUUUAAAUUACUUCAAGACUAA